CUCAGCGAAAGAAACCAUUCUCAUCUUUUUCUUCCCUUUUUUCUUGCUCUCUCUCCGUCUCUAGAACAGAAGAAAAAUGGCGGUGGAGAUAUUGAAGCCAAGAACGGACAAGAGAGAUUACAGGAGAAUCGUUCUCAAGAAUUCACUUCAGGUGCUUCUUAUCAGCGAUCCCGAAACCGAUAAGUGUGCUGCUUCCAUGAAUGUCAGUGUUGGCUCCUUUAGCGACCCUGUCGGCCUCGAAGGCCUUGCCCAUUUUCUUGAGCAUAUGCUAUUUUAUGCUAGUGAAAAAUAUCCGUUGGAGGAUAGUUACUCCAAGUACAUUACAGAGCAUGGAGGCAUCACCAAUGCUUUUACAUCUUCUGAGCACACCAACUACCAUUUCGAUGUCAACGCUGAUUGUUUUGAAGAUGCUUUGGACAGGUUUGCACAGUUCUUUAUUAAACCAUUAAUGUCACCCGAUGCAACAACAAGAGAGAUUAAGGCUGUUGAUUCUGAGAAUCAGAAAAAUUUAUUGUCUGAUGCUUGGAGAAUGAACCAGCUUCAGAAACAUCUAAGUGAUGAAGGCCACCCAUAUCAUAAAUUCAGUACAGGGAAUUGGGAUACUCUUGAAGUUCGGCCUAAAGCAAAAGGGUUGGAUACGAGACAAGAGCUUAUUAAAUUCUACGAGGAAAAUUAUUCAGCCAAUCUCAUGCAUCUAGUGAUAUAUUCUAAGGAAAGCCUUGACAAAAUUCAAAUCCUUGCUGAGGACAAGUUCCAGGAAAUAACUAAUAAGGAUAGAAGCCGUUUUUCUUUUCCUGGUCAGCCUUGCACAUCGGAGCAUUUACAGAUACUUGUAAGAGCUGUCCCAAUAAAACAAGGUCACAAAUUGAAUAUCAUUUGGCCAAUAACUCCAGGAAUUCUUCACUACAAGGAAGGGCCAUGCAGGUAUCUUAGCCAUCUUAUUGGCCAUGAGGGAGAAGGAUCUUUGUUUUAUGUCUUGAAAACUUUGGGAUGGGCUACUGGUUUGACUGCAGGUGAAGGGGACUGGACAACAGAGUUUUCUUUUUUUAAAGUAGUAAUUGAUCUGACUGAUGUUGGUCAUGAGCACAUGCAGGAUAUUAUAGGGGUGCUAUUCAAAUACAUUCAUCUCUUGCAGCAAUCUGGUGUUUGCAAAUGGAUGUUUGAUGAGCUUGCUGCUGUUUGCGAGACAAUGUUUCAUUAUCAAGACAAAAGCUCUCCGAUUGAUUAUGUGGUCAAAACUGCAUCUAAUAUGGAGAUAUAUCCUCCUCAAGAUUGGUUGGUUGGGUCAUCAUUGCCUUCGAAUUUCAAUUCAAGCACAAUUCAAAUGGUAUUGGAUGAGCUUUCUCCAAAUAAUGUCCGAAUCUUUUGGGAGUCGAAGAAAUUUGAAGGAAAAACUGAAAUGGUAGAGCCAUGGUAUGGAACUGCCUACAGUAUUGAGAAAAUCACCACCUGCGCAAUUCAGGAAUGGAUGCUGUCUGCUCCUGUUGUAAAUCUGCAUUUACCAGAACCUAAUGUGUUUAUCCCUACUGAUUUAUCACUAAAAACUGCUCAAGAGAAGCAGGUCAAAUUUCCAGUUCUUUUAAGAAAGUCAUCCUUAUCUUCUUUGUGGUACAAGCCCGACACAAUGUUCUCUACACCCAAGGCAUAUGUUAAGAUAGAUUUCAGUUGUCCCCAUGCUGGCAGCUCUCCUGAUGCUGAAGUUCUAACUGAUAUGUUCACUCGAUUGUUAAUGGAUUAUUUGAAUGAAUAUGCUUAUCAUGCACAGAUUGCUGGUCUAUAUUAUGGCAUUACAAACACUGACAGUGGCUUUCAGGUGACUGUGGUUGGUUAUAAUCACAAACUGAGGAUCUUACUGGAAGCAGUUAUUGAAAAGAUUGCAAAAUUUAAAGUUAAUCCUGAAAGAUUUUCUGUGAUCAAGGAAAUGGUGAUAAAGGAGUAUGAAAAUUUCAAAUUUCAGCAACCAUAUCAGCAGGCUAUGUACUAUUGCUCUUUAAUUCUACAGAAUCAAGCAUGGCCGUGGAUGGAUGAGCUUGAAGUGCUUCCUCAUCUUGAAGCAGAAGAUCUUGCUAAGUUUGCUCCAAUGAUGCUUUCUAGAUCUUUCUUGGAAUGUUAUAUAGCAGGUAACAUUGAAAGCAGUGAGGCAGAGUCAAUAAUUGAGCAUAUUGAAGAUGUCUUUUACAAGGGUCCAAAUCCUAUAUGCCAACCAUUAUUCCGAUCCCAGCAUUUGAGCAAUAGAGUUAUCAAGCUUGAAAAGGGAAAGAGUUACUUUUACCCAAUUAAAGGCUUGAAUCCCACUGAUGAAAAUUCUGCUUUGGUGCAUUACAUUCAGGUUCAUCGAGAUGAUUUUGUGCCAAAUGUGAAACUUCAGCUUUUUGCUCUAAUUGCUAAGCAACCAGCUUUCCACCAGCUUAGAUCAGUUGAGCAACUUGGAUAUAUCACUGCACUAAUGCCCAGGAAUGAUUUUGGUGUUCAAGGUGUACAAUUUAUUAUUCAAUCGACUGUAAAGGGUCCUGCACGCAUUGAUUUGAGAGUCGAGGCAUUCCUCAAGAUAUUUGAAACUAAACUUUAUGAGAUGACAAAUGAAGAAUUCCAGAAAAAUGCUAAUGCUUUGAUUGAUAUGAAGCUUGAGAAGCACAAAAAUUUGAGGGAAGAAUCUCGAUUUUACUGGCAAGAAAUAUAUUAUGGGACCUUAAAGUUUGAUAGAAAAGAUUGUGAGGUGGCUGCACUAAGGCAACUGGAGCAGAAAGAAUUUGUGGAGUUCUUCAAUGAAUAUAUAAAAGUCAGUGCACCUCAGAGGAGGACAUUAAGCGUUCGUGUCUACGGGGCCCCACAUUUAUCAGAGUAUGCAUCAGAUAAAACUGAAUCAGUUUCAUCCAACUCUGUUCAAAUAGAUGAUAUUUUCAGCUUCAAAAGAUCACAACCUCUUUACGGUUCUUUCAAAGGGGGCUUCGGCUAUAUGAAGUUGUAGAGAUGGAACUUUGUAAUUGAACCUGUUCAUAGAGGAUCAGAAAUGGAACUUUUUCCUCCUCUAAUUUGCACAAACUGGUUGAUACAACUUGGGAGCUUCUGCAGUGAGGCUUAGCUCUCUGAGGUAAACAAGACAGAAAACCUCGUGGCGAUGCCAUGUUUUGAAGUGAGUUUCAAGGAGUGAUGAGUAAUGUUUUCUUGUAUCGCAUCAGGAUGUGAAGUCCUGUUUCUAAUACUCUUAGGAUUUCAACUUGCAAACUUAAAAGAUUAUAUUGUAACUUAAGCUUAAGUAAACCUUCAAAAUUUGUAAAACAUUUGUAUAAGUUGGAAACAUAAAUAUGGGUUUAGGAACUGGCAAUAAAAUUUAUGUUGUGUAAUCUCACUUUUUGGAACU